AUGGAGGCAAGUCAUCUGAUUGAGGGGAAGCUAACGCCACUCUUUCGGAUAAAGAGAACAACAACGGCCACUCUUCCUGCUCAUCUCCAAGCAGUCAAUAAUAGAACACAGGAGGAAAAAAGGCUUGUGGACUGCAUUGUAACAUCUAAAGAAACGGAGAGGCAUUUGAUGGACAUACUCAAAAGGAAACAAUCUGAGUGGUAUUCCUUAAAGCCACGCUUUCAGGUACCUGUUUAUUUAGAUACAGAGGAGCACCAGGAUACCCUAUUUGUGUACCUCAGAACCCUAAUCAAAAGUACACAGACUGUGCUGAAGGUCAACAAUGAGGUGGAAUUCCUUCUUGGCUUCCUGUUUCCAGAGGCAAUCAUUCAUGGAAUUUGCCAACUGAAAAACAUACCCUGGAAGGAGGCAAAAGAGGCGUACCUCUAG